CACUCCCACUCCCAUCCUCAGUCCGCACACCCCAUAACCCCCCUUCUCUCUCUACUCUCUACUCUCUACUCGCUCUCUACUCUCUACUCUCUCUUGAUCUUGUGAUUUUUUGGUGAUUGGAGAUGGCCUUGGAAGCUCUCAACUCCCCGACCGCCGCCGCCGCGCCCUUCCCCUUCAUGGACGAAGCCGCCUCCGCCCGCCUCGCCGAGCCCUGGGCAAAGCGCAAGCGCUCCAAGCGCCCCCACCCCCUCACUUCCCCCACCGAGGAGGAGUACCUCGCCCUCUGCCUCGUCAUGCUCGCCCGUGGCGGCCGCCCCUCCGCCGCUCCCCUCCCGCCCCCUCCUGCCCUCGAGGCAGCAGCGGCGGCCAAGCCGAGCUUCAGCUGCCCCGUGUGCGGCAAGGCCUUCCCCUCCUACCAGGCCCUCGGCGGCCACAAGGCUAGCCACCGCGUCAAGCCUUCCGCUUCCGCCGGCGACGACCAGUCCACCUCCACCUCCGCAGCCGCAGCCGCCGCCACGAGUUUGUCGUCCGGGAAGACCCACGAGUGCUCCAUCUGCCACAGGAGCUUCCCCAGCGGCCAGGCUCUCGGCGGCCACAAGCGGUGCCACUACGAGGGCGGCUCCAACAACAGUGCCGCUGCCACCGCCUCCACCGCCUCUGAGGGCACCGGGUCAACGCGCACCCACAGCCACAGCCACAGCCAGAGCCACAGCCACAGCCGCCACAACUUCGACCUGAACAUGCCGGCGCUCCCCGAGCUUUCCCCGAAGUUCCUGGUGUCCCCGGGCGACGAGGAGGUGGAGAGCCCCCACCCGUCAAAGAAGCCCCGCUUGACUUUGAACAUUCCCAUCAAGCGCGAAGUUUGAAUCCGAUAUCAGAAUCAUUAGCUAGAUGGAAAUUUUCAAUUUGUUGGGUUUAGAAAGAAUUGCUGAAGUUUAGAUCGUAGAAAUUGGAUCAUUCGUUGAUUGGUUUUGUUUGUUCCAUUUGAGUGAUCAGGAGAAGCAGAAAUUGCAGUAUUUUUUUUUUUUUGGGUACUGUACAUACAGAACUUGGCUAGUUCUAUCAAAUUUGUUAAAAGACUCCCAAAUUCAAUUCAUUUCUUGUCCGGUUUUGCUCCAA